CGGUACUAACCCCAUAGUGCAUACAGUCAUCGUAUACGCAUCAACAUAGCAGCAGGCGUACAGCGCUGACUUUGCUGUUUUGUUGCGUUUGUGGUCGCGUAUAAAGAGUUUUAAAAACACUUUUCGUUGUGUGUAUUGUUUUUAAAUAUUAAAAAUACUAGCGAAUAAUCUUCAAAAUCAAAAUUGUGUUGGCUGUGAGCUGAAAUUGCGGUGUGAAGAUCAAUUAUUCUCGUGAUCGCUACGAUCGGAAGAAGUGGUUGGUGUUAGAGAAGCGGUUGAACAUUGCACCAAUACUUAUUCAUACUUGUGAAUGUGACGGUGUGCGUAAGCGUUUUACGGUGUAAGAGAGUUGUUUGUUUACAUUUUCUGGAGCAUAUUUAUCAACGAAAAACGGCUGAAAACCAUUUCUUGACUCGAUCAUUGCGCGAUCUAUGAUUGUCUCGCUAUACUAUUAAUUACUAAGUAAUUUGUUUUUCUUCCAUCGAUCGGCGGAAAAAUACGUCGUGUAAAGCAUUUUGAAUGAAAUACGAAAUCAGUUAUCAUAGUGAUUCCGAGACGAUGGGAAGUCGAGCGCAGUCUGUUAUAUGCGACAAAGUCCUGGCUGGGCUUCCCCAGUUGUUGGAUGAUUUGCAAAAGCUUUCAGAAGAUCAAGAUACGGCCGAUAUUGUAUUUGUGCUAGGAACGGGCGAAGAACGGGUCUACGCACAUCGUAUCAUUCUCAUGGCACGGUGUAAAUCGUUUCAGAAUACAAAACGAGGUGAGAUAUGUCGUAUACCAGGGUGCACUGUGUCCACCUCUGCUCCCGGUACACCAACGCCUAUUAGGUUGCCUCAUAUCGAACCGGACAUUUUUCGUCAGUUUAUCCUCUAUGUUUACACCGCAAAGAUAAUGUUGCAGGAUUCUAAAGUAUUUGAAAUGAUGACGUUAGCCCAGGAUAUGGGGGUAGAGGAGCUAAAGAUCGCAUGUGAGGAUCACGUCAGUAAAACCAUGUCCGUUGCAAAUGCGUGCACAUUUUUAACGGCUGUAAUGGAAAUCAAGGAAAAGGCUUGUGGUGCCAAAUGUGCCGCAUCGUUCCUAGAUAAAUGCAUCACAUACAUAGCUGAGAAUGCAUCGGAGUGCGUCAAAACGAAUGCAUUUCUGAACCUGACUAAAGAAGGAUUGAUUCAAGUAAUCUCGUAUGACAAUCUGGGACUAGAGGAGGAAGACGUUUGGCGUUGUGUGCUGGCCUGGGCGAAGAAUCAAGCCGGAGUGACCCAGCCCACUGCUCACUGGACGGAGGAAGAAAGGCAACGCGUGUGCCAAUAUUUGGCACCGGUCAUUUCACACGUACGGUUGUUCCUAAUCGACAGUCAGGUAUUUGCUGAAGAGGUGGAACCUACCGGUGCCGUGCCGAUAGAGCUAUCGCUCGAAAGAUAUCGUAGAGCUGCCCUGCACUCCAACAAGUUGCCCACAGCAGCUGCCUCUGCAGUGCCCGUGCCGACCGGACCGUUAACCGAAAAUGAUAAACGAUUGCAGCCACGUUUAAUGCUGAAUCUGUUCCAUGGGUCCGCUAUAUUAAAAAACGAUAAAAUCCAUUUCCAAGGUACCCUGAACGGUUGGUUCGGGGCAGCAAAGCAAACGUGGCGUAUGGUGUACCGUGCCUCGACAAACGGAUUCGCCGCAUCCGCAUUCCAUCGUCAUUGCGAUGGAGUAGCACCACUGUUUAUAAUUGCUUUGAGUUCUAAUGGAGCCAUCAGUGGAGGAUUUACGGACGUUGCGUUUGCCAAAACGAACCGGAAGGGAGGAUAUUUACAUUCGGAAAAAGCGUUCCUGUUCGCGCUGAACUACAACAACGAACCACCGACAAAGUUCGAUAUAGUGAAGAAACCGUACGCUAUUUGCUAUCAUCCAGACUGUGGACCUAUAUUCGGGGCUGGAGCCGAUUUAUUAAUCUCGAAUAAUUGUAACGUAAAUAUGGAGUCGUAUUCAAAUUUUCCUCACUCGUAUGACGGUCCGAAUUCGUAUGCAUUUGGACAUUUAUUUGGUGAUUAUAACUUUACUAUAAUUGAUUAUGAAGUAUUCACGCUAGCACCGGCAACUGUUCCGGCAGGAAACAAACUGAAACACGAACGAUAUCCUUGAAAGAUAUAGAGAAAGAUGAAGACAGAAACAGGCAGAGAGAAACAGUGAGAGCGUGUAUAACAUCAGUUACGCUACAUUUACUUAUUUUUACUUUACACUUACGUUCUUGCUGUAUGUUGUAUGUUGUAACACACAUCAUAGAUAGCUAAUCUGACUAUCGAUCAUGACACUUACAUCCUUUUAAGUUCUUGUGUAAUUGUUUUAGAAAAUAGUUCUAAUCAAAUUUUCCCUUAAGAGAAUUUGAUUUAAUCAUAAAAUCUUUGUGUUGUGUUAAGAAUUAUGUUGUUGAAGCAUGUAUUUUCUGUGCAAUAGUUUAAAUUGGAGAACGAAAUAUUGCUCAAUACAUGUUAUAAAGAUAAAGCCUUCAUGCAUUCAUUAAACACCAGCACAUUGAUCAUACAUUUAAAUUUGAGUAGCAAUCUUUUCUAUUUGAGUUGUAUCGUUCGCUAGUAUUUUUACUCUGACUAUACAAUUGACAAUUGACAUUAAUACAAGAUAUAUAAGAAAGCACUGGAUAAGUCAAAAUAUUAUAGCGAUUCCGAACAGUUCUGUUAGAGUGACAUGGGUUAGAAAGAAUUUAGACCCUUUUUUAAACGAGGAUUUCAUUUUCGUCAGAAACAUUAACUCAAGCCUGUAAGAACACAAAUAAAUGGUAAUUUGAAUGAUA